AGUCCGGCGCCGCCUCCCGGCCGUACCGCCAAAGCAAGCAGCCGCCGCCCGGCCUUGCUGCUCUCCCCGCCUCCCGGCCCGCGGGGAGGGAACGGCCCGCCCUCCGCCCGCCCGCCGGAGAGUGAGCGGCGCCCGGGCCGCCCCGCCAGCCCGCCGUUCCCCGGCCGCCGUCCGGGCGCGCGCAGCGAGCGGGCGCGACUAUGCCAAGAUGGUCCUGCAGGCGCGGAACAAGCACCGAGAGGCGGCCCCCAAGCCGCCCCAGCCGCCCCGCGCCUCUCAGUCGCCGCUGAGGGGGGCGCCGGACGCCGGCGCCGGGGAGCCCGGGCCCGAGCGCGCGCCCCGGUCCCCCGGGCGCAAGGGCGCCGCGGGCAGGAAGGGGCCCCGCGCCGAGCCCGCCGCGCCGUCCGCCGGGGGCGGGCUCGGGGGGCGCCUGGUGGCCGGGCUGCGCGGGGCGCUGGGCCUGCGGCGCGCGGGGCGCGGCCGGACCUGGACCACGCUCCUGCUAGCUGCCUUUGCAGCAGUGUUGCACUGGAGCCAUAUAACACACCUCUUUGAAAAUGAUCGUCACUUUUCUCACCUCUCAACAUUGGAAAGGGAGAUGGCUUUUCGCACUGAAAUGGGAUUGUAUUAUUCCUACUUUAAGACUAUCGUGGAAGCACCUUCAUUUUUGAAUGGAGUAUGGAUGAUUAUGAAUGAUAAGCUGACUGAAUACCCCCUUGUUAUUAACACAUUGAAAAGGUUCAAUCUUUACCCUGAGGUAAUCUUAGCCAGCUGGUAUCGAAUUUAUACCAAAAUAAUGGACUUGAUUGGUCUUCAAACCAAGAUAUGUUGGACAGUCACCAGAGGAGAAGGACUCAGUCCUAUUGAAAGCUGUGAAGGAUUGGGAGAUCCUGCUUGCUUUUAUGUUGCUGUAAUUUUUAUUUUAAAUGGACUAAUGAUGGCAUUAUUCUUCAUAUAUGGCACAUAUUUAAGCGGCAGCCGAUUGGGAGGCCUGGUUACAGUGUUGUGCUUCUUUUUCAAUCAUGGAGAGUGCACUCGUGUGAUGUGGACACCACCCCUCCGGGAAAGCUUCUCCUAUCCAUUCCUCGUACUUCAGAUGUUGCUUGUGACUCACAUUCUCAGGGCUACAAAACUUUACAGGGGAAGCUUGAUUGCACUCUGCAUUUCCAAUGUAUUUUUCAUGCUUCCAUGGCAGUUUGCUCAGUUUGUACUUCUUACUCAGAUUGCUUCAUUAUUUGCAGUAUAUGUUGUGGGAUACAUUGAUAUAUGCAAAUUACGGAAGAUCAUUUAUAUACACAUGAUUUCUCUUGCACUUUGUUUUGUUUUGAUGUUUGGAAACUCAAUGUUAUUAACUUCUUAUUAUGCUUCCUCUUUGGUAAUUAUUUGGGGUAUACUGGAAAUGAAACCAUAUUUCCUGAAAAUAAAUGUAUCCGAACUUAGUUUAUGGGUUAUCCAAGGAUGUUUUUGGUUGUUUGGAACCGUCGUGCUCAAGUAUUUGACAUCUAAAAUCUUUGGCAUUGCUGAUGAUGCUCAUAUUGGCAACUUAUUAACAUCAAAAUUCUUCAGUUACAAGGAUUUUGAUACUUUAUUGUAUACCUGUGCAGCAGAGUUUGACUUUAUGGAAAAGGAGACUCCACUGAGGUAUACAAAGACAUUGUUGCUUCCAGUCGUUCUGGUUGUGUUUAUUGCAAUCGUUAAAAAGAUUAUUAGUGAUAUGUGGGGUGUCUUAACUAAACAACAGACACAUAUAAGGAAACACCAGUUUGAUCACGGAGAGCUAGUUUAUCAUGCAUUGCAACUGUUAGCAUAUACAGUCCUUGGUAUUUUAAUUAUGAGACUAAAACUCUUCUUGACGCCACACAUGUGUGUUAUGGCUUCCUUGAUUUGUUCAAGACAGCUGUUUGGAUGGCUCUUUUGCAAAGUACAUCCUGGUGCUGUUGUUUUUGCUGUAUUAGCAGCAAUGUCAAUACAAGGUUCAGCAAAUCUGCAAACCCAAUGGAAUAUUGUAGGGGAGUUCAGCAAUUUGCCACAAGAAGAACUUAUAGAAUGGAUCAAAUACAGUACUAAACCAGACGCGGUGUUUGCGGGUGCCAUGCCCACCAUGGCAAGUGUGAAGCUGUCUGCGCUUCGGCCCGUUGUGAACCAUCCACACUAUGAAGAUGCAGGGUUAAGAGCCAGAACGAAAAUAGUUUACUCAAUGUAUAGUCGAAAAGCAGCCGAAGAAGUGAAACGGGAAUUGAUAAAGUUACAAGUGAAUUAUUACAUUCUAGAAGAGUCCUGGUGUAUAAGAAGAUCCAAGCCUGGGUGCAGUAUGCCUGAAAUUUGGGACGUGGAAGAUCCUGCUAAUGCUGGGAAACCUCCCUUAUGUAACCUGUUGGUGAAGGAUUCCAAGCCACACUUCACCACUGUAUUCCAGAACAGUGUUUACAAAGUCUUAGAAGUUAUAGAAGAAUGACUGCUGCCCACAGAGAAGUACAUCAGCAGAUUAACCUCAUUGUGGACUGUCCUUGAGACCUGAGUCCUCAGGGAUGGUUUCCGGUGCCCACUCCCGGGAGCCACUGAAGAGCUGUUCCCUUUCUGCCUUCUCACCAGAGCCCAAGGACAAGCCUGGUCUGGGGGAAGCACUAGCUUGCUUAGAGCACAGAGCUGCAAGGACAGCCUGGGCUGGUGAGUGGGCAGCCCCCAGCCCGCCCCAGAGUCUGCGCUUCCGCUUCCGGGGAGCCUCCUUCCGGCGGGAGCUGCCAACAGUGUCUUCAGGCGCCAGCCCCCUCCGCUUCGCUCGCUGCGUGACUUUUAUUUCUUGGGCUUCUGCCAGUUUCAGAAAAUAGGGAAGCAGCUGGGGAGUCGUGGAUUAGGAGUAGAAUUUGAGCAAUGAUGCAGCAAUCUGGAAAAAUGGGAAGAGGGCACUUGAGGCCGAGGUGGCUGAGAGUCGUCGUGGGCGGGGGGGGGGG